AUUUUAUAUUCUAAUAACCAAACUUUUAAAUAUGGCUUCCUGCAACAACAUUCACCAAGAAGAAAUUACGAAGAGCGAACCAACUCCUCUACAAAAACAUGUUAUGUUCUUCGAUAUCGAUAACAAUGGAAUUAUUUACCCUUGGGAAACUUAUCAAGGUUUUCGAAAAAUAGGAAGUAAUAUUUUUCUUUCCUUUGUUGCCUCUAUUUUCAUUAAUUUUGGCCUUAGCCGAAAAACUCGACCGGGAAAAGGGCCUUCUUUACUGUUUCCUAUUGAAGUGAAAAACAUCAAACUUGCCAAACAUACCAGUGACAGUGGGGUCUACGAUAGUGAAGGAAGGUUUGUUCAAGAAAAAUUCGAAGAGAUAUUCAACAAAUAUGCACGUUCAAAUGGAAACGCCUUAACAGCCCAAGAAUUGGAUGAUAUGCUUAAGGCAAACAAGCAACCAAAGGACUCUAAGGGACAUGUUGCUGCUCUGUCAGAGUGGAAGAUUCUAUAUUUUCUUUGCAAAGAUAAGGAUGGAUUACUGAAAAAAGAUAUAGUUAGAGGUGUUUAUGAUGGUAGCCUAUUUGAACAAAUGGCCAAGGAGCAACAAGCCAAGAAGAAAAAAUUUAUAUCAAGUUCAUAAAAAUGGAUGUAAUGCUAGCCACUAUGUAUAGUAAGUACAUUUGUUAUGUAUGGAGUGAUAUCUUGUGGAUUUUCUCUUAUUUGUAAUUUGUGAUGU